AUGCCAUGCGAAAGCCUGCCUGCUGAACUUUGGACGUACAUAUUCGAUCUUGCGACGGAGGAGCCCCUUCUGUCCAACCUUGCUUUACCGACCGCAUGGGAUGAAUCGGCGUGGUUCCGCACUGUCUUUGAAGAAUGGGCCUUAAAGUCGCCCACGGAUAGGAUUCAUGAUAUUCAGCGGAGAGGCUACAGGACGAAGAAGGCCAUUGUGUCUACUUGCAGAGCCUGGCGCCAAAUUGGCUGUGAAUAUCUAUUCAAGUUCAUACUUGUAGAACGACCGUCGCAGCUUGGUGCUCUCUGCGGUCGUCUAGACAAGGAUGCAUCACUGGGAUGGUGGAGCAGGCGGUUCCACCUGGAUAGGUACGGGUCCGUAGACUCUGUGGAAGAUUACCUGGUGUCGAUCAUACAGCACAUGCCGAACCUUCAGACUUUUGGGGUCAGUUGGUCUUUGGGAGACUCGUUCGGCACUGUAGCAGAUGCCCUGUGCACAUUUUGUCCGCGGUCAUUACGCACCGUCCAGUGGUCCGUCUCUUGCUCAGCCCUGUCUCGGAUAAUAUGGGCUUUGGCUUCUCUCCCGAACUUGACAUGCGUAUCCAUAGACUUCCGUCCGUCGACCUCCUCUCUGCGCCUAGGAUCUGCGAGUGGCUUGUCCCCGACGCUCCCCCACCUGUCACAGCUCUCCCUCCACAACAACUUUACCGACUUUGUCGAACUCGCCACAGACUGGUCCCUACCUUCCCUCGCAAGCUUGACGCUCGACUACGGCUCGAACAUCGACACUCUCCCCGACAUACCCAUGUUCCUCACCUCACACGGCCUAAACCUGACGUACCUCGACCUCAACCUGAUCCCUCCCGUCGACCUCCCCACGGUGCUCUCCCUCUGCCCGCACCUGCGCACCUUCUGCUUCAACCCCGACUGGCCGGUUAACACGGACCCGCUGGACCUACACAUCGCGCGAAUCGUCAGCAAGCCGCACGCGCACAUCGUGAACAUCGGGCUGCAUCAGCUUUUGCAUGCCUUUGGUGUCGGCUACACGGCGGCGAUGGAUGCGCGGCAGCCGCUGCGUGCGCACCUCAUACGCCGCACGAACGACCUCACCUUCGCCGCGCUCAAUCGAUGGAACUUCCCCUCGCUGCGGUGUAUCCGGGUGCUUAACCGGGGACUCCUCAGUGACCUCGAACGGGCAAACGGGCCAGACAAGAGCUGCUUCGAGCGGUGGGAGAGAUGGUGGAACAUGUGCUCGCGGAUGGGGGUGCGGCUAGAGGACUGCACCGGCGAACUGUUGGGUAACCUGCCAGAAUUGGAGGGCGAGGUAGAGGAUGAAGAUGGGACGGAGACAGCUUUGAGCGGAGAAUCCAACAGGGAUGGAGAGCAGGCGGCAGCUAAUACGCCUGAACUCAGACAGCUGUUAUACGAGUGCAGGAAGAUGAAUGCCACUCGGGCACCGCCGGUUCCCACUGGAGGACGAGUGAGAUGA